GUUCAGUGUGGUGACUUCCCUCAUCUGUUGGUGUAUGGACCAUCAGGAGCUGGAAAAAAGACAAGAAUAAUGUGUUUGUUAAGGGAGUUGUAUGGUGCAGGAGUGGAGAAGCUGAGGAUUGAGCAUCAGAGUAUAACGGCACCUUCUAAAAAGAAAAUUGAGAUUAGCACCAUUGCAAGUAAUUAUCACCUUGAAGUUAACCCAAGUGAUGCAGGAAACAGUGACCGUGUAGUAAUUCAGGAACUCUUGAAGACAGUAGCACAAUCCCAACAACUUGAGACAAGUACUCAACGAGAUUUUAAAGUGGUGCUGUUAACAGAGGUGGACAAACUCACUAAAGAUGCUCAGCACGCUUUGCGAAGGACCAUGGAGAAGUACAUGGCGACCUGCAGGCUGAUCCUGUGCUGCAACUCCAUGUCCAAAAUUAUAGGACCUAUUCAAAGCAGAUGCCUGGCUGUACGAGUGCCUGCUCCCAGCAUUGAAGAUAUCUGCCAUGUCUUGUCCAGCGUGUGUAAGAAGGAAGGCCUGACUCUUCCUCAGGAGCUGGCUCAAAGGAUUGCAGAGAAAUCUGGCAGGAACCUUCGGAAGGCACUGCUGAUGUGUGAGUCCUGCAGAGUACAACAGUAUCCUUUUACUGCUGAUCAAGACAUUCCUGAGAUGGACUGGGAAGUUUAUUUGAGAGAAACUGCAAAUGCUAUUGUCGGUCAACAGACUCCACAAAGGCUUUUAGAGGUCCGUGGACGGCUUUAUGAGCUCCUGACACACUGCAUUCCACCUGAGAUUAUAAUGAAGGGCCUCCUGACAGAACUUCUAAAUAACUGUGAUGGACAGUUGAAAGGAGAAGUUGCACAGAUGGCAGCCUUCUAUGAACACCGCUUGCAACUGGGCAGCAAAGCCAUUUAUCAUCUGGAAGCAUUUGUUGCAAAGUUUAUGGCAAUUUACAAGAAGUUUAUGGAGGAUGGGCUAGAUGACAUGAUGUUGUAACUGAUGGCUGAAGUUGUACACAGAAUGUUGUGCCACGAUGCCAGCAGUGUUGCAGAUGUUGUCUGUGUUAUUGCCUAUGGGUCUAGUUCAAAGUCAAAUACAAUGUUUUGCUAUUAAUAUGAACCACAGUGAACAAGUUUUAUUCAGUUUUAGAAACCAGAUGGGUUGUUUGAC